AUUCCCCCCGAGCAUACCCCUUCGACCAUGGCCUGGGUAAACAUCGUCAGGCACCUUUCUGCCUCCAUAAAAGAGAAGUCGUCCACACCAGAAGCAUCAGUUCAGCGACUAAGCUUGCUUGAUAAACAAGAAGUGGCCAAGUCAAUAACGCAGCGUCCAGUUACCAUUCUCGGCAUCUUCCACAGUUCCAGAAUAAUGGCUCAGUCCCUGUCCGCACUGUUUUCUUCUCCGUCAGUUUUUGACGCAAGAGUCUUGAAGAUGCUCUGUUUGAUUAGUGCAGUUCUGUGUAUAUCACUCUCAAGUGGCGCACCAGCCCCAGUUGAUGUUGCCUCGCACCUCCGGCAGGCGAGACACGCAGGAAGCAGGGAAGAAAGCUCUAAAGGAACCAUCAGUUGCAACAUCUCCAGCGAUGGAGUCGUACGAGUUCGCGAGGGAGAAGACUUCUUCCAUAUCUCAUGCAGUCUCUCUGGCUUCCAGGGCAAUAUCAAAGUCGUCGCGACGGAAGGAACAGUGGUUGCCGACCAGUCAGACCUAAGACCAUCGACAGAAACACGCCAGCUUCUUGUGCAGUAUGCCAGUCAAGCAGAAAGCCUCCAGGGGAGGUGUCUCAAUGUGAUCAGUGACGGGCUGACGACGGGAUUCUGCUUUGAUGUGGCAAUCAUCGCCAAGUGUAAAUCCAUCAGUCGAGCAGUGGAUGGCGAGAGGGGUCUGCGGGCCAUCAGUUCGCUUGCUGAGAGCCAGUACGCCGGCGACUCGGUGCUCCUCUCCUGCAGCCACGACCACUACAUGCUGGGUAGCUCCGAGCUGCGCUGCGAGGAAUCCGGCCAGUGGUCUGAAUCUCUGCCGCGAUGCAUGCCUAAGACUUGGAACGGGAUUCGGUUGAACAACACUCUCAUUCCGUCCAGCGGCAAGCCCUAUGUCAUUCAAGCUGCACAGACGGCACAGCCCACUUUUGUCCAAUGCGCCGCCGCUGGUGUACCCAACUCUGAGCUAGUCGUCAAGCUGUUCGUCAACUCCGUCUUGACGUACAAUACGCGCAAGCCGUGCGGAACGGGCCCGGUCUGUCGUGCAGAAGCAGCAUCGACGGUCAUGCUCAAGGCCGGCGAUACGCUCGAGUGCAAGGCCACGCGCACAGUCUCCAUGGGCCAAAAUGGAGAGAAAGCCAAGGAGGAAUCACAUCUAGUCGUCCAAGUUGAAGGAAAGUGAAGCAUGAACUAUUUGCACAGCUUCAAACGGUGACGUCGUUCAUCCAAACCUGGUUCUCAUCGCUAGCCUCAGAUCGUAUCUAUGCUUUAAGUAGAUUUCAUAUAUACUUUAUCAGAUUAUUCUUUCACUGACUGCUCUAUCUAUCGUGUACAACCAUCAUUGAUUUUCAGUAGAGGAACAUGUAAUAUCUAUCUUCAGAGCAAUUUUCCGGAUGCAUCGCUCAUCGUUAGCCCAUCCUCUAUCAGAACAUUGACCAAAACGUUGACACAACACAGAUAUGUUUUAUUCAGCCGUAGUAAGUUAUAGAAAUCUCCGCCGCCGCUACUGCUAGGGUUUGGGCACCACCACUAACUCCUACCCGCAUUGCCACCCCUUGAGAUGCAAGUCGAACACAGUAAAGAGUACCUCACUUCAUAUACAUACAUGUAUGUUAUAAACAUUUACCGCAACUAUUUGAUGAAAAACCAACACUUUACUUAUCCACCAUUCGGUCCUUCCGCCAAGCUUGUUAGAGGUUUAUGUACUCUUACUUCGAGUAUGCUAACGACCAUGACUUGCUCAGCUGCUAUCACUUUCUUCACUAUACUUAUUUAUUGUGGCCUUGACUUCGAGUAUUUUCGACGCCAAUUAAUCUGAAAUACAAUGGAAAUGCAUCUGCUUCUGUAAUACUACAUGCUGUUAAUGAUAUACCUUUUGCCAUUGGCACAGAACGUGAGAGGCAUGAUACAUACUCGUAUUAG